AUGGCCGAUUGACAACACAUUGAAAAUUGAGAAGUUAAAAUUGUUGCAGUUUUGGCUUUUUGUACAAAGAUAUAUAUAAUGGCGACUCGAAGCUUAACAGAAGUUUUUAUUUUGAUGAGAAAUAAUGCACUGCAAAGUCGUAAUAUCUUCUCAGACCAAAUAUCCGACGACAGAAUGGGUUUGAUGUCAAAUGUCAAUCUAGAUCUAGAGGCGGGUACAGUUAACACACGAUCAAACAGACUGCCACCAGAAUGGGUUGACGGUGUGGAAGAAAUCCAGUAUGAAAUGACGAGAAUCAAAUUAAAAAUGAAGGAGCUUGCAGCUUUACAUGACAAACAUUUAACACGUCCAGCAUUUGAUGACAGUAUUGAUGAGGAACAUGCUAUAGAAAUACAGACACAAGAAAUUACACAAAUGUUUUCUCAUUGUCAAAGACUAAUACAGCAGAUAACAGCUCGGAGUAGACGAGGAACAGAUCAGGAACUACUACUCUCGCAGAACAUGGUUAUGUCCCUUGUUAGAUCUAUACAGGAAAUGUCAAAUAAUUUUAGAAAAAGUCAAUCUACAUACUUAAAAAAAUUACGGAGUCGGGAAGAAAGAUCUCAGUUUUUUGACGCAAAUAUAGGUCCAGAUUCUGGAGCACUUCAAGAAGAUGACAUGUAUGCAAGUUAUGAUAGAGGCUUUUCCUCCGAACAGAUGCAGUUAGUGGAAAACAAUACAGAGGUAGUGAAUCAAAGAGACAAAGAGAUUGCCCACAUUGUACGUUCUAUACAGGAUCUGAAUGAAAUAUUCAAGGAUCUUUCACAGAUGGUUGUUGAUCAGGGAACAAUACUGGACAGAAUAGACUAUAAUAUAGAACAUGCCUCAGUACAGGUAGAAAAAGGACUGCAACAAUUACAAAAAGCUGAAAAAUACCAAAAGAAAAAUAGGAAAAUGCAUAUAAUUUUAAUUUUAGCAUUAUUGAUUAUAAUUCUUAUAAUAAUACUUAUAGCAACAAAAAGCUAGUAGUUAGUGAAUAUAAAGAAAAUAUGUUUAUUUAUGGAUCAAUUACUCCUGUAUAUUUCGUACUUUUAUUAGCUGUUAUUUUUUACAGCAAAAUGGCCUCAUUUAAUGCCUUUAUUCUGUGAUUAUCCGCAAGGCCAAAAGGGAUUUGAAUAGUUCUUUAAAGGGGCAGGCCUCCAGAUUAAUUAAACAAAAAAGAAACUUAGAAAUAUUGAGUACAAAUAUUUAUUAAGUUAGUGACCUAUACAGUAUUUACUUAUUAAAACACUAGUUUUGGUACUAAAAUAUAUAGAACUCUCAACUACUUAACUCAUUUUAAUGUAAAAUACCAUCUAUUGCCUUAUUAAUGUCCCCAGGAUGUUAAAGUGUUGCAGAAGGUUUGGUGCUGUUUGGUGUAUUAAGGCUCUUAAUUUUUUUGUGUGUGCAAAAUACUGGAUGGGGGAGGAGCAUUAAUGAGGGGGAGGGUGUUAAUUAGGGAACAUACGGUAGAUUAAAUUUAGAUUUAUUUCGUGUCAUACUGCUACAUUUGUAAAUUGCUAAAUUAUCGAUAUAAAUAAUUCCUGUUUUAUGAUUUUUUAAUCCUAAAGUAACCUUGUAUAUGCUGAUAUUUGUUUUCAAGAUAUGGAUAUUUUGUUGUACCUUUAGAGGCAUGCCCCUUUAAUUAGUAAAUGCAAAGAUAGGGUUCCCAUUUUUAUGAAAUCAGGGUCUGCAGAGAAAAAAGAAAUUCUGUUUGUGAAGUGUGAUAUGUAUUAAAUUAUUAUGAUCAUAAACCAGUUUGGGGUAAAUAGAUGCACAAAAAGCCUCACUUGUAAAGGCAUCUUAGAAAUCUGUAUGAUAAUGCAAUGUUUUUGAGAAGUGGAAAAAUAAUUAUUGCAAAGGUUUAUAUGCAUAUUUAUUAAAAUAUGAUUGUGUAGUCUAACUAAAUUUUAAAAUUACUUUCCAUAGUUAAAUCAAAAGAGUGGUUAUUUUAUGGAAUUUUGAUCUAGUUUUGUAGCCCUCAGCCCUCACACACCCCACAACCCCAUGGUUUGCGAUAAAUGUGCAAUACUUAGGUUGUUGUAGCAAAAUCUACUUAAAUAUUGUAGUACAUGAUAUUAUAUUAUGAUAAAUUAUUCAAAAUGUUGUUUAGUCAGACAAAGUGUUCAGUAUAGUGUAAUGUCAAGAUAACUUCAGUGUAAGUGAAUAGUUACAAAAUGUGUGUUGGUGGAAGGAAACAUGUCAUACCUACAGCUGCUGUGUCAUGAUUCCAAAAGAAAGUGCCACGUUUCAGGACCACAAGAAUUAAGAUGCCAUAUUUCAGAAUCAAAAGCAUCAAAGUGGUUGGAUUUAUUGGAUUCAGGAGAAAGGUUUGUGGUAUUACUAUAUGACAUUCUAGACUAAGUAUGUAUAUUUCGCUUUGAAGAGUGCUAUAUUUCACAUAAAUUUUAUAUUGAAAAUGAGACAAACUGACAAAUGCAAUGGUAAAAAUGCUCAGUUUUAUCACCUCAGGUGUUAAAGGGCUAUUCAUCCAGGUGUCAAACUAUUUGAAAUACAUGUACAUAGAAAUUCUAUUUGUCUGUAGAUAAAAAGGUAGAAACAGUGGGCUUCAAUGAGUUUUAUUCAGCUUUUAUUGAAAAGAAAACUUCAGUAGGCUUAAAAAUGCAGAAAACCUAUCUAUUGCAUCAGUGGCACAGUGAACAUUGGAAAUUUAACCAGCAGAAAAUUAAAAUUGCAUAAUGCUUUUUUGAUAAUCGUAACCUAAUGUAAAUAGUUCAGAUUUUAACACCAGGGGGUCUUAAUUAAACCAUUUUAAUUACAUACUGGUAGAUAAAAUCUGUAGAUACAAUGGCUUUGUGCAGAGGCAAUUUAUUGCCAACAGUUAAUUAAAAUAGCCUAAAUGUUCCUGUGAUUUUAAUGUUUGUAAAACAAAGUGUAUUUGCUGUGAUCUGAAAUGUAGUUAAUGUAAGAGAGGCCCAGUUGUUCGAAACUUUAACAGUUGAUUAAGCUUAAAGUAAUAUUGCAACAUUUUAGAAAACUUAGAAAAACAAAUGUAUGACUUAAGGAUUAUGAACACUAAAAUGUCUUUACAGUAAAAUUCAAACAUCGUUCUAGUGUUUCCCACCGAGACUAGUAUUUUGAAUCAAACUUUAACAGGCGAUUAGUUUAACAGUCUGUUAAAGUUUCGAACAACUGGACAGAUACAGAUAGAUUAUUUCUUACCUAUUCAUGAAAGCAAAGCUUUAAGUAAACAUUCCUUGUGUAAUACAUGUACAUGUAUUUGGAAAAAGUCAUUUAUAUAUGCAUCAUGAAAUGAUGAGAAAAUAAAUAUUUUUCAUGAACAUAACAACACAUUUUAAAUUUCUGGCAGAAAAUAAAUGAACUUUAAAUUUGACAAUGAAAUUAUGAAGUUGUAAGUUAAGGAUUGUGAUUAAUGUAUUUUAUCAGACACUUAAUUACUUUUGUAUUACCUCCCAUAUGAUUCUAGUAUUUACAAUGGUUACACAUGGCUACCCCUAUAUUUCUUGGGAAAGUCAGUAGAUUUUCAUGUCAGUCUAUGCUAAAAAUAAGUGGUCGAUAAAAAAAUCAAUUAUAGGGUUUGUUAGUGACCAUUCGUGGAAAUAUGUGGAAUCAGUACGAUAAAUAUGGGUGAGGCAUUUUUCCCCAUUUAUCAUACUGACCCAACAUAUUUCCAUAGAGGGUCAGGAACAAACCCAAAAAUUAAUGUUAUUGAGCAUAUAGUUACUGUAGAGUGAUUAAUUAUCACACAGACUUUAUAUAGGGAUUUCAUGCUUAGCAAACCUCAUUUUUUGUGUUAAGAAUUCACGAAACAGAAGUGUUUUUAAGACAUGACGAUGAAUAUUGUUCACCAUAUUCGGGAGCAGCAUUAUUUGCAAAUAUUUAUAGUGAAAUUAAAAACACUGCGAACAUUACCAAUCUUCAGUAGUUGAACGGCCUAUUUUUAGCUCUACUAUUCCAAGAAUCAUUACUUUUUUCAGGUUUUAGGUAUCUUGUAUAUGUAAUAGACAUUACUUACACUAGGAUUCGCAUUGAAGUCGGUAUAUAGGGAUAUAACAUGAUAUUCUUUGUAUUUAUAGUAAAAUCAAAUUGAUUCUACAAACUGUCUGUAUUAAAAUGGUAUAAAUAAUAAGAUUCCUAUAUAUUUUGCUAAGUUAUGGCAUUCAGAUGGAUCUUACCACAUUGAAGUCAUAGAAAUGUUGACAUUCACACAGGUUUUAUAGUGUUAUGACAUUAAUGUGAAACUUACAUCAAAAUAUUAAAAUGCAACAUUUCUUUGAAUCUUUGCCGCAUUCAAAUUAUGACAUUCAUGUGAAAUUUACAACAUUUUAGUGGGAAAAACAUUCGAUUUUUACCACAUUAGAAUGGUAGAAACUAGUACAUCAGUAUGGACUUUACCACAUUUAAAUGAUUGAAAUAAAGGCCUUGGAAUGGAUGUUACCACAUUGAACUGGUAAUUUGUUAGAAAUCAUGACAUUGAUAUGGAUCUUGCCUCAUCAAAUUGGAAAAAAAAUACGAUAUUGAUAUCGAUUUUAAUACCUUGAAAUGGUACAAAUGCUGACAUCCAGAUGGAUUAAAUAAUAAUAUCAGUAUAGAUGUUACCACAUUAAGACAGUAAAAGUUAUUCUUACCACAAUGAAAUGGUAGGAUUUAAUACAUACAGAUAGAUGUCUUAAUAUUAAAAAUCAGUUUUUCAACACUUAGGACUUUGACUACCUCAGUAUAAUGGAAGGUAUUCUUACAACAUUCAAAUUUUGUGUUGUUUUUUUUUUUUUAGUAUAAAUAAUAUGUGACAUUCUUACCUUUAGUAAAUGUUUUUUUUUAUCUUUCAUUGUGUUCAGCAGAAACAAAUCUGAUGCAGUGACAUUAUUGACAAAUAUGUAGUUGUAACUAAAAAAAUCUUAACUAUGAAACUGGUUAAAAUUAGCUUAUGGGGAAAAAACUGGUAUAAUACCUGUUUAAAUAAAAUAAUUACAAUUUUAUUCCAUCAUUAUUAUUGGUAUAUUGUCGUAUUACAUGUGCAUUACUAAUCUCACCUGAAUGUCAUUGUCUCACUACUGUGAAAUCAUUAAUGUUCGUUGGGGACUAAUUUUUGUUGAUUUUGUGGUUGAGUCAAUCCACGAAAUUUAAUCCCAACACACAAGUAAAACUCCCAUUCAAUGAAUGUUCAGAAGUUUUUAAUCCACAAAUUCACAUCCCCACAAAAUUGCCGUUUUGACCAAAACCACGAAAUUUCAUGCCCACGAAAUUAAUUGAUUUUACAGUAUAUCUAGAGUAUAAUUAUAAUGGUUAUAACAUGAGGCAGUUCCAGUUGAUCCGAAUGUAGUGGUUGAAUAGACGAAUAUACUUUAAGUGGGUGUUAACUGAUGGUUGCCCAUAAAUCUAGCCUCAUCAUAAUCUAAAGUAUUCAGUGGGUGCAUGGUUUAAAGACUGUCUCCUUAUUAUUAUGUCGAUAAACUAAAUUUUCCUUGUCUGUUUCUACUUGAAAUAUUUAAUUUUUCUUAUGAAAUAUGGGUCUUUUCUCAACCAUAAUCAUGUAAUAAACAAAAGAGCACUUAAACAGUUAUAAUAAUGUGUGCUGCAUCUCAGUAUUCAUGUGCAUGAAACACAAACAGGUGACACUCUAUGGCAAGUGGAAGUUACUUCUAAAUUAAAUUUUCUUAGAUUUCAGUGUAAAAUAUCAUUCGAAUUUACUGCAAGUAAAUUUGAAGCAAACUUGUUUUAAGUCUAUUUCAAAUGCAGGUAAAUUUCAUUCAACGUAAAUUCCAGUAAACUUUAUAAUUUUUCCACAUUGUUAUAUGCUACAGUUCUGAAAUAAAACCUUUAUUUAAAAGAUUUUGGAUUACGCAUAAAAAUCAUAAAAAGUCUUUAUAUAAAUGGAUUAAUAUGCUUACCCUUCAGAAAUAUCUGA